CAUGCACGGCCACAGUGGGGGUGGAGGUGCAGGCAGCAAACAAUAUUUAAGAUGCUGAGUUUGUAGAGCGUUCAGGCUUGGGAAGAAAGGUACAGGGAGCCCAGUUAGGCUGCACUUUUAAACCCAAGCUUUGAGAAAGGCUAAGAAAGAGCAAGGGAGGACAGAAAGCAACAGGGUGGUGAGCCCAUCCGGAGUGAAAGUGCACAGUUGUAAUUUGCUGCAGCUUUGCAGACCUCAGCCGAGCAUAUCCAGAUCCCCCAAAGGAAGAUCCUUCCCCACCCAGGCCCGCGAAAGAUGCUGAAAAAGACUCUCUCAGCUAUGACCUGGCUCUGCAUUUUCAUCACGGCCUUUGUCAGCCACCCAGCGUGGCCACAGAAGCCCCCGAAGCGCAAGACACCCGCGCAGCUCAAGGCGGCCGCCUGCUGUGAGGAGGCGAAGGAGCUCAGGGCCCAGAUGGCCAAUCUGAGCAGUCUGCUGAGCGAACUGAGCGAGAAGCAGGAGAGGGACUGGGUCAGCGUGGUCAUGCAGGUGAUGGAGCUGGAGAGCAGCACCAAGCGCAUGGAGUCACGGCUCACAGACGCGGAGAGCAAGUACUCGGAAAUGAACAACCAGAUUGACAUUAUGCAGCUACAGGCAGCACAGACUGUCACCCAGACCUCGGCAGACGCCAUCUAUGACUGCUCGUCCCUCUACCAGAAGAACUACCGCAUCUCUGGGGUGUACAAGCUUCCUCCCGAUGACUUUCUGGGCAGCCCUGAGCUGGAGGUGUUCUGUGACAUGGAGACGUCAGGCGGCGGCUGGACCACCAUCCAGAGACGAAAGAGCGGCCUCGUCUCCUUCUUCCGGGACUGGAAGCAGUACAAGCAGGGCUUUGGCAGCAUCCGCGGGGACUUCUGGCUGGGCAACGAACACAUCCACCGGCUCUCCAGACGGCCAACCCGGCUGCGUGUGGAGAUGGAGGACUGGGAGGGCAACCUGCGCCACGCCGAGUACAGCCGCUUCGCUCUGGGCAACGAACUGAACAGCUACCGCCUCUUCCUGGGGAACUACAGCGGCAACGUGGGGAACGACGCCCUCCUCUACCACAACAACACGGCCUUCAGCACCAAGGACAAGGACAACGACAACUGCCUGGACAAGUGUGCACAGCUCCGCAAAGGUGGGUACUGGUACAACUGCUGCACAGACUCCAACCUCAAUGGGGUCUACUACCGCCUCGGGGAGCACAACAAGCACCUGGACGGCAUCACGUGGUACGGCUGGCACGGCUCGAGCUACUCCCUCAGGCGCGUGGAGAUGAAAAUCCGCCCAGAAGACUUCCAGCCCUGAGUGCAGGCCUGCCGGGGGGCACGGCCAGGGAAAUGGGGACAAUCGGAGGCUGGGUGAGGGCAGGGAAGGGGAGGAAGGGAGUGGAGAAAGGGUAGGGACGGAAAAUGGCCUAGAAUCUCCAACGAGAGUCUGUCUCUAGGGAGCACAAUAAAACUGAGAGGACAAGGACAUUACAUAAAUGGGGUGAAUUAUUUAAACACGAUGGGCCAUCACACAACUUCCCAGGGGCCUGGCCCGAGUGGGCUCUCUGUGCCUGUGAUCCCUGACAUAUUCACUCAAAGCCUCUCCUUUCCACUUGAUUUUUCUGUGAAAGAAAAGUAAUUGUGACAUCACUGUAUCUCUUUAGUUGAAGGUCUAGGUUAAUGUGAGGGGAGAAAACAGACCCCUUUACUAAAAAGAAUCAUGUGAUUUUGAUCUUCAAGGAGAGGCCUUGGGUGAUGGAGGAAGGCAUAAAAGAGAGGAGUGGCGGGGGAAAGGAGUUUCGAGUUUUAAAUCCAAUUCAAUGAAAUUACCUUCGGUCUACACAUUUUUUCUUUAAAGACAAAAAUUAUUCUGCUGGCAGUGGACUGACCCAGGAGGGAUCUCCAGGGUCCCGGGCCUGGCGGCAGGCCUCUGCCUCCUCCCUGCUCAACGUCAAUCAGGGUGCAGUGUGCUGAAAGGCAGAAGUGGGUCUAGUGGCGGCUGGGGAGUUCCAGUAGGAGGUGGGGAAAGUCCCUCAUGGAUGCUUGCACAAAACUGCCUUAAGAUAUUCAGUCAAUACAGAUAUAUUGGUUUUUAUUUUUUACUUUGUAAGAAAAGGGCUCAAAGAGCUUCCUCUUUUGCC